CGACCACGCCGCUGUGGCCCGGCCCGGCUCCCCAGGCCGGGGAUGAAGCCGCCGGCCGGGAGGGAGGGCGGCCGGCGGUGGGCGGCGGGGGCAAUGGCAAUGGCGGAGAGCAACGCGGACUGGAUGGGCUCGCUGCCGGCGGCGCUGCGCUCCCACCCGCUCUCCAACCUGGCCAUCCCGGGGUCACACGAUUCUUUCAGCUACUGGGUUGAUGAGAAAUCUCCUGUGGGACCAGACCAAGCCACAGCCAUCAAACGUUUGGCCAGAAUUUCCUUGGUUAGAAAGAUCAUGAAGAAAUGGUCAGUGACUCAAAACCUGACUUUCAAAGAGCAGUUGGAAGGUGGGAUCCGCUACUUUGAUCUUCGUGUAUCUUCCAAACCUGGGGAAAUAGGACAAGAGAUUUACUUCAUACACGGCUUGUUUGGCAUCAAAGUAUGGGAUGGGCUGAAGGAGAUUAACACCUUUCUUGAGCAGCACCCCAAGGAAGUAAUCUUCUUGGAUUUCAAUCACUUCUAUGCCAUGGAUGACAGCCAUCACUUCUUCUUGAUCAACAGGAUCCACUCAGCCUUUGGAUCCAAACUUUGUUCCGUUGAAUGUGUAGAAUAUGUGACAUUAGAGUACAUGUGGGAGAAGAAACACCAGGUUCUCAUAUUCUACCACUACCCUUUGUAUCAGGAAUACCCCUUCCUGUGGCCAGGGAAUAAAAUGCCAGCACCAUGGGCCAAUACAACCAACGUGCACAAACUGUUACAGUUCCUGGAGACCACUCUUGAGGAACGAAGUCGUUAUGGGACUUUUCAUGUUUCUCAAGCAAUUCUCACGCCUCGAGUGAAAACUAUUGCGCGGCAUCUAAUUCGUGGUCUGAAGAACACACUUGUUCAUAGGAAUCUGCCCAUGAUUUUAAAUUGGGUGAAAGCACAGAAACCAGGUGUUAUGGGUGUUAACAUAAUUACAUCAGACUUUGUGGAGCUGGUUGACUUUGCUGCUACAGUUAUUGCAUUAAACGACCUUCUUUUAGAAGAUGAUGAAUCUGCAAGUACAUCGUGAUUGCUGUGUCCCACUUGUGCUCCUCAGUGGACAUCUUCGAACUAUGCUAAAUGUUUUAUUUAUUAAGUGAAACCUAUUGUAACCUGCUUAUUUAAAAAAAAAAGUUUUCUAGAGGAAAUGUGGUUAAACAUCACAUACAGGCAGGUCCCUUCUCCCAGGGAUGUGUGGAUCCGAGUGGAACAAAGUGCUUUCUGAGCGCUGCUGCGUGUUUGUCUGUGGCUACGUGUUUGACUAAGUUAUGCACACAUCUGCUGCAGUCCGGCGCAUUGUCUGCCUGCCAACAAGAGGCUGGCCUCCGAAGCAGAUGUACCCGAUUAUGGUGCGCGUCUCCCUGGUGACUGGACUCACCGUGCCCUUGUGUGCACAUCCUGCUUAUUUCUCAACACCAGGGCUCAAACCAAGGAUCGCUGCUGAUCCCUUAGCAGCAGUGUGACCAGGCUAGCCGAGAUGGUAUUGUUCUUGGGCCACCUCAGGCGUAGCUGGGCUCAGCUGGAGGCUGCUGCUGUAUUCAUUACACUGUUUUAGACACUACCUCUGACUUACUUGAAGAAACAAUAUUGCCGUUGUUCAGGGGGAAGCUGUUACGCUGUGUUGAAUAUCUGAACCGUCCUUUGGGCCUGAGAGGCGAAGGCUUGGCAUGCUCUGCCUCUUUGGACUCCAGACUCUUCUUCUGGACCUUUUUAUUUUAUGUUAAUACUUUAAUAC